AUGAUUGACAAUUAAAACUAUAGAUAAGAAACUGAAUAAUAAUCGAAUAAAUUAAUUAAUAGAUUAAGAAAUAUACCUACUACAGAUUUAGAAACAGUAAUUUAACCUUCUAAGAAAUGUAUCUUUCAGAAAAGAUAAAAACUUAUUUCAUAAUCUUUGGAAUAAUAAAAUUGUAGUGACUUUGAACUAAGUGCUAAGACCAGACAGUGUUAUUAAUAUACAAUUAAAAAUUAUGAAUUACUUGAUAUUUCAGAGUUUAUAAAAUCAAUCUAAGUUCUAAAAAAAGACCUUAAGAUUUAGAUGAUUAAUAUUUAUACUCUAAUUGGUACAGAAAUAGCAGCGUAGGUGAUUACUAUGAGCCUCUAAAAAAGUAUAGGUUUAACAUUAAGUAGACUUUAAUUUCUCCUUUAAGUUAAAGAAAUACUAUCUAAAAUAGAAAUAGAUUAUUUAAUUUAGAAUGAUUCUUGUAAUUUAUGUUUAAAGAAUUAAAUAAAAUUUAUUUAGUCUUAUUUAGAAUUUAAUGAAUUUCUAUUUCUUUAUUCAAUAUACAGUUGAAGCAGAAGCAAAACUAGAAGAGAUAAGAAUGCUUUUAGCAAGCUAUGAUUGUUUUGAACCAUUUACAAGUAAUAAUUUUAAAUGAAAAAUUAGCCUAUAAGAGAUUAGAUUAAUCAAGAACUGGAGGAUUAAAACCGGAGAACAUCUUGGAAUUUUUAAAUGAUAAUGAAAUUUAGAUAACUGAAGAGCAACUUUAUUAUAUCUUCAGAAUUUUAGACGAAGAUAUGGAUGGCUUAGUCACUUAUUAAGAGUAUUAUUUUCUACUUAUUAAUAAGCUUUAAAAGUGCAAUUUUACCUAAAAUGAAUGAGAAGGUAAAGGAUUCAGCUUUAAAUCAUAGAGGUUUUGAACUACCUGUGAAUAUGUUAUUACCAAAAGAAGUAGAAACACAAUUAUCAUAAUUUUUCAUUUAGAUAAAAUAAAAUUAUGUGUAAGUUAUAUUCUUAUUUCCUAGAUAAUAUUAAUAAAUACAAGAAAAAAUUGAUUUGAAUUAACUCGAUAUUUAUGAUAAUGAUAACUAAAUUACGGUUGAUUCUUUAAAGGUUUGGUUACAAUAAUUAGGACAAGAAAUCAGUAAAGAAAUUCUUGAAACUUUUGUUUUUUUAAUUUAAGGACAGCAAUAAUAGUUACAAAAUUUAUUAGAUCAAAUUUAUAUAGAAAACUAAGAGUAUUAGGAUCAUUAAUAAGAGCAAUAAGGAGUAGAAUAUAGAUAAGGGAAAGAAUAUAAAGAUAAAGAAAAUUAAGAAGAAGAGAUAGAAUAAUUUGAAUAAUAUGAUGAAAUAGAAUAAGUAAAAUAAUAAAAUGAAGAUGUAAAUGAGUAGCAAAAUUAACAAGAAUAUUUAUAUAGAUAAGAUAUCGAAAAAAAUAAUUUUGAUUCAAGAAAUUUAUAGAAAAAUAUUGAAUUUUAAAUUUAAUAGUUAAAGAAAAAAAUAAACAAGUUAGAAAUUGAAAUAGAAUCAUAAUAAACUAAUAAAUCUUAUAUAGGAUAACUAUUUGAGAAAGAAUAUAAUAGAGAAUUAUAAAAAUUAUCAAGAAUGAGUUACCUUAAGAAAUUGCAACUAUUAUCUCCAUCUAAGAGAAAUGAUUUAAUUAGAUAACAACUAAAGAUAGAAGAGGAAAUAAAAAAAGAAGAAAUAAAAUAGAAAAUCAUAUUAACAUAAUUAAAAAAUCCAGUCAAGACUAAUUCUUCUAGUUAUUAUUAAAAUCAAUACGAAAGGUAAUCUAAAUAUAUGAUAUUAUUAGUCAAAGCCCACUUAAUUAAUCAAAAAAAAAAUAUAUUCCUGAUUAUUCUGGAAAAAAAGUAAGAUUAUUAAUAAAUAGUUUAUAGUAGAUUGGUAGUACUAGAAAACCCUAUUCAACCUAACCCUAGAGAUUGAUAAAUUUUAGCAAUAGAAAAUUUUGA